CGCAGGUGAGCUGGGCAGACGGUGCGGAGGAGUGCGCUGCCGCCGGAGCCGCCGCUGGCUGCAGGAACGAUGCUGCCGAAUCAAGAAUACAUGCUCCAGCUCUCUGGUGUUUUCCACACCGGGCAGGUGGAGUCCGGCUCCUGCUUCCAGCAGCUGCUGGGCUCUGUGCCGACCGGGGUCAUCCUCAAGGACGUGUCUCUGGAAGUGCACGGCGGCGAGGUGAUGGCUGUGCUCGGUUCCAAGGGCAGCGGCAAGCGCGCCCUUCUGGAGGUGAUCUCGCGCCGGGCCCAGGGCCGCAACAGGGGCCAGAUCCUGCUGAACAACGUGCCCAUGUCGCAGCAGCUGUUCCAGGAGCACUGCGGCUACGUGACGCAGAAGGCCGACCUCAUCCCCGGCCUGACAGUGCGCCAGACGCUGCAGUACGCCGCCAACAUGACCAUCUCCAUGCAGAUAUCGGGCGGGGUGAAGGCGGCGCGAGUUAAACAGGUGAUGGCCGACAUGGCGCUCACCAACGUCAGCAACCGCGGGGUCGAGGACCUGACGGCGUCCGAGUACAAGCGGCUGGUGAUCGGCGUCCAGCUGAUCCGGGACCCGGUGUGUCUCCUGCUGGACGAGCCCACUUGGGACCUGGAUCCACUCAACACCUACUUCAUCAUCUCCAUCCUCUCCAACCACGCCAAGAAGUACAACCGAAUCGUGGUGCUCACCAUGGAGAAGCCCCGCUCCGACAUCUUCCCCUUCCUGGACCGCGUGACCUAUCUCUGCCUGGGCGACGUCGUCUACACGGGCAGCACGCGCAUGAUGCUCGACUACUUCCGGGUCAUCGGCUUCCCCUGCCCGGAGCUGGAGAACCCGCUCAUGUACUACCUUUGCCUGUCGACGGUGGACCGGCGUUCGCGGGAGCGCUUCAUCGAGUCCAACAACCAGAUCGCGGCACUGGUGGAGCGCUUCCGCGCCGAGGGCGGCCCGUACCGCAAGCACGCGCCGCCCGACAUCGAACCGGACACGAUGCAGCUGAAGGUGCCGCUGUCGGCGUACGGGCGCGCGCCGCUACUGGCGGUCAUGUGGAGCCUCAUCUGGAGAACAUGCGACUCAAUAUUCAACUUCCGACGUAGUGGGCUGAAGCUGCUCGGUCUCAAGCUGUUCCUGCUCCCCAUAUUCUUCUUCAUUUUGUGGAACUUCUAUUUCCCACUCCAGUCGACUCAACAGUCACUGGUGACCAGAACCGGCCUGAUCUUCAACUGCCUGGCCGGCGUGUCCUUCCUGUCCAUCGCCAUCACCGCCUCCACUUUCGGCUCGUUCCGGACGCGGUACUACCAGGAGUCGAGGGAGGGCGUGUACAGCGGCGCCUCGUUCGUGUUCUGCCAGACGCUCAGCUCUCUGCCGCUGUCGGCGCUCUCGGUCUGCGCCGCCGCCUCCAUCAUCUUUUGGGGCCUUGGCUUGGGCGACAGGUACUCCACGACGGACGCGCUCUGGCAGUGGUUCCUCUUCUUCACCGUGCUCUGGGCCUGCUACGCCUUCGUGGAGCACCAGACCAUGCUGCUGCUCAUGGUGUGCAAGUCCUCGUUCACUGCCGCCAUCGCCAGCUUCUACUGCACUGUCACCUACAUACUCAUCGGCAGCAGCACCCUUAAAACCCUGGUCGGCCUCCCGAAGUGGCUGUAUUAUGUCAGUUACGUCAUCAUCUACCGCUACGCGAGCGCCUUCCUGCACGAACAGAUGUUCCGAGACAACUUUGUGGCGCUGCCAUCCCGAAACGCCACAGCUCAGAUCAACUGCAUCAGCAACAACGCUCAGUACGGCUGCAGGUACUUGAAUGGCACCCAUUACCUCCAAGAGCGUUAUAACCUGGGCAACCUUAAAAACCCGGUGGACGAUCUGCACUUGUACUGGAACUUCGCCUGGACUUUCGCUUUCGUCGCUGGCCUUGUAGUCCUGAACAUCAUCGCAUACAGCAUGCCACUGCCGAACUUCAUCAAGAGCAAGUUCAGAGAAUGAGCACUGACGCGGGCAGGUGGAGAGACUCCGCACGUAUGGGAGACAGUGCGCGUGUGUUUAUUGCUGUGGUGGUAUUUAUAUUGUAGGAUCAAACAACAUGUGAUUCCGUGGUGUAGACACGCAUCCUUUUAACUCAACUCGAUGGCUAGUUCCAAUAGCAGGCGAUUGUAUGCAAAUGUUAAGUUGAAGAGCGUAUGGGUGUGUACCGAAUGAUAUUGUUACCUUGUUUGAACGAUCGCAAUGACCAUAACAAUGGCCAGUUAUCGCCGCCACGAAUUUUCUACCAUGCGAUGUUCGAAGUGUUGGAAUCAAAGCGUUGUACACUUUUCUGAAAACUUAGUGCGGAAAAACAAACGGCUUAUGCACACUGUCAGAACAUGUUGGCGUAAAUGAAACUUUGCAAAGCUUUGAUUCCAGUUCCACGCACUUGCUUGCUUGGUAGAAGUUGCACUGUGAAGUAUAAACAAUUAUUUGUUAUGCUGAGAUAAGCUGGGCUUGAUUCUGCCACGUAGUGUUGUCUUGUGUUCUGCUGGAUACAAACUUGUUUUACGCCAUAUACACAAUAAAUACACCUUCUGUUA